CCAAAAGAGGUGAGGGCUCUGCAAUCUUCAUCAUCGAGUGCCAAUCGAGACCGGAGAAAGCAUCCGUCUAGGAGCAGAGAAGAGUAGCGCCAGUUCGAGGAUGGCGAGGUCAACUAGCAAGGAUGCUCAAGACCUUCUUCGCGCUCUUUGGUCUGCUUAUUCCGCCACUCCCACUAAUCUCAAGAUCAUUGAUUUGUAUGUCAUGUUCGCAGUGUUCACGGCUUUGAUCCAGGUAGUUUACAUGGCUUUGGUGGGAUCAUUCCCAUUUAACUCCUUCCUUUCAGGAGUCCUUUCUUGCAUUGGGACCGCAGUUCUUGCUGUCUGUCUCCGGAUCCAAGUAAACAAGGAGAACAAGGAAUUCAAGGAUCUCGCACCAGAGCGUGCAUUCGCAGAUUUUGUUCUCUGCAAUUUGGUGCUCCAUUUGGUGAUCAUGAACUUCCUCGGUUAAGUUGAGGCCGUAGCUUUUGUCAUGUGCGAUGAAUCAAUCACAUGGAUUAUAAAAACCAUAAGUAGCACACCUGCGUCUUGCCUAUGUAUUAGCCACAACACCCCCGCCCCAAAAAAAAAACGUUAACUUAUCACUAGCUUUGAGUUGAGCAUUCUUGCGGAGUUUUUUCAGCUAUGCUAUAAAUUUUACAUUGCGACCAUUGAAAUGAAUUUUUGGAACAGCUUAUUCGCUUUAUUGUUGUAGUAUAGUCUCACGUGUUUUUUUUUGGGGUCAAAUAGUAUAGUCUCACGUGUUAAUCGUG